UUUGGCAGUUGAAACUGGAAGUUUUUUGGAUUCUAUUUAUUUUCUCUCCAUUUGCUAGUUUUGGGGCCUUGUUUUCCCCUCCUCCUGGGGUGAGGGUAAUAACUUUUUGGAGAACAGUUUUUCAUCACAGGCCCUUUCCUUAUCAGAUCCAUUCCAUGACAUGAGAGACAUUUAAUGUCCAGAGCGUUUUCUCGGACUACCAGAGAAGAGAUGCACCAGACCAGGAUCCAGCCCCAGUCCUGAAGGUCCGUACCUCUGAGAGUUCAGGUGUGUGUUCAGCACCAAUCACAGGUAUGGCUGGCGCCACAGCUCAUCAGGGGUGAGUCCCAGCCUCAUCUGGUCCCGUGUGAGCUCUGCUGUUAGAGACCCGAGACACGUACAACUCCCACAGCAUCUCACGAUCUGAGAUACCCUGAUGAUAAAGCGAGCCAUGGGUAGCGUCCGAGUUAACAGGUACAGCAUUGUCUCAACUGAAGAGGAUGGACACAAGGUCUCUACCCUAGGCAACAUGAAUGGGCACAGCUGGAAUGGGAAAGGACAUGUCCCCAGGCGGAAACGCCGUAACCGUUUUGUGAAGAAGAAUGGCCAGUGUAACGUGUACUUUGCCAACCUGAGCAACAAGUCUCAACGCUACAUGGCCGACAUCUUUACCACAUGUGUGGACACUCGCUGGCGCUACAUGUUUAUGAUCUUCUCAGCAGCCUUCCUGGUCUCCUGGCUCUUCUUUGGGUUCCUCUUCUGGUGCAUCGCUUUCUUCCAUGGUGACCUGGGUGCCACUGGGGUGAGCGGUGUCCCUGCCACUGCAAAGCCCUGCAUCAUGCACGUCAAUGGUUUCCUAGGAGCCUUUCUCUUCUCGGUGGAGACGCAGACCACCAUUGGGUAUGGGUUCCGUUGUGUGACUGAGGAGUGCCCGUUGGCCAUCAUGGCAGUAGUGGUCCAGUCCAUCGUGGGCUGUGUCAUUGACUCCUUCAUGAUCGGCACCAUCAUGGCCAAGAUGGCGCGGCCCAAGAAACGGGCCCAAACCCUCCUUUUCAGCCAUCAUGCUGUCAUCUCUGUGCGUGAUGGCAAACUGUGCCUCAUGUGGCGAGUGGGAAACUUGCGGAGGAGUCACAUUGUGGAGGCUCAUGUCCGGGCUCAGCUCAUCAAGCCCUACAUGACACAGGAAGGUGAGUACCUCCCGCUGGACCAACGGGACCUCAACGUGGGCUACGACAUAGGCCUUGACCGCAUAUUCCUGGUAUCCCCCAUUAUCAUUGUCCAUGAGAUUGAUGAGGAGAGCCCACUCUAUGGAAUGGGCAAGGAGGAGCUAGAGAUGGAGGACUUUGAGAUUGUCGUCAUCCUGGAGGGGAUGGUGGAGGCCACAGCCAUGACCACCCAGGCUCGCAGCUCCUACCUGGCCAGUGAGAUCCUCUGGGGUCACCGUUUCGAACCUGUGGUCUUUGAGGAGAAGAACCGCUACAAAGUGGACUACUCACACUUCCACAAGACCUACGAGGUGGCCGGCACCCCUUGCUGCUCAGCCCGGGAGCUUCAAGAGAGCAAGAUCACCAUCCUCUCUUCUCCGCCACCUCCUAGUGCCUUCUGCUAUGAGAACGAGUUGGCCUUAGUCAGCCAAGAUGAAGAUGAGGAUGAGGAUGAGGUGGAAGUGGGGCCUGGGUUAGGAGGAAGCACCAAGAACGAUGGAGGAGUCAUCCAGAUGACAGAAUUUGGGAGUCACUUGGAUCUGGAACGGCUACAGGCUGCCAUCCCCCUGGACACCAUCUCCUACCGCAGAGAGUCGGCCAUCUGACUCCUCCUGCCUUUCCAUUCCACAUCUGUUGACCACCAUCUCCUUCUCCCUUUCACUCCAGUGCUUAAUUGAAAAAUUCCCCAAAGAACCUCCUUUGCCCACCUCUCAGCCCCUGAGCAUGUACUGUGUGAGACAUGCUCAUGUUUCCAAUGGGCCCAACCCACACUGGAACAGACUUCUUGCAACCAGAUGGGAGAGCAAUAUGUGUAUUCUGAACUCCUACACUGACAGCUGAUGUGAGGGAAUGCCCCCCACAAACCCCACCACUGUUUGGGGCUGGAACCAUAGGAAGACAGGCUUGGACCCAAAGCAAUUGCCUCAGUACAACUGAUGGCCACUAAAUGGGUCCAGAUUGUUGCCAGAAAAGAAGUAGGCUAUAAAUGCCAACCAAACUGGGAGGACAGGAGAAUCUGGGGGUCAUGGGGAAAGAGUGAAAAGGAUCUGGGAAGUGGGGUGUAUUUUGCAUGUUUUUUGCUUGUUGUACAUGAUAUUAUU